AUGCCUCUUGAGUGUAAAGACGCGGAAAUUGCCGCCAUGGAACCAAUUGCGAUCGUGGGAAUGGCAUGCCGACUUCCUGGCGAAGUCGAUUCAGCCUCAUCACUAUGGGACAUGCUGGUCCAUAGAAGGUCUGCACAAGCAGCUAGGGUUCCAAAGAGUCGAUUUGACAUUGAUGCUUACUACCACGAAAACCUUGAGCGGCCAGGCAGUUUCAAUGUCCUCGGUGGUUAUUUUCUAGACGGUGCUGCAGAGGAUUUUGAUCCCAGUUUCUUUGGAAUUUCGCCCAUAGAAAGCAUGUGGAUGGAUCCUCAGCAGCGUAAAAUACUGGAAGUUGCUUAUGAGUGUUUUGAAUCGGCUGGUCUAACCCUUGAGGAACUCUCUGGCUCUAACACUGCCGUGUUUAUUGGUAGCUUUACUGCCGACUAUCAACAGAUAUCGUUCAGAGAGACAGACUUUCGACAUAGUUAUUCGGCGACUGGGGUAGAUCCGGGUCUUAUCAGUAACCGCGUUGGUAAUACUUUCAAUCUUCAAGGUCCUAGCUUCACUAUAAACACUGCCUGCUCUUCGUCUAUAUACGCAAUUCACAAUGCUUGCCAUGCGUUAAGAAGUCGAGACUGCGUUGCCGCUCUCGCUGGAGGAGUAAAUAUUAUUCUCACAGUAGAUCAGCAUAUGAACACUGCCAAGCUGGGCGUGUUGUCGCCAACUUCAACUUGUCGCACAUUUGAUGCUUCUGCAGACGGAUAUGGGCGUGCCGAGGGAGUGGGAGUGCUGUAUCUUAAGCUUCUUUCCGACGCGAUCCGAGACAAUGAUCCUAUCCGAGGGGUUAUUCGUUCCUCUUCCGUAAAUACAAAUGGAAAAGUUCCGGGAAUGGGAAUAACCUAUCCAAGUGUCAAAGGCCAAGAGAGAGUCAUGCGAGCAGCAUACGAAAAAGCCAACCUAGACCCGUCGCAAACUUUAUAUCUUGAGAUGCACGGGACAGGAACCCCUACAGGAGAUCCAAUUGAAGCAAAAGCUGUUUCAAAUGCCAUGAAUGACAAUAGAAGCAAGAAUGCACCUUUGUUCGUAGGAGCAAUCAAGCCGAAUAUAGGUCACAGUGAGGCUGCAAGUGGAGUAUUUUCAGUUAUGAAAGCCGCAAUGAUGACGGAAGCUGGCAUCAUACCAGGAGUUUGCGGGUUCCAAAAAAUCAACCCUGAAAUCAAAGAGAAGGAGUGGAAUAUCAAGGUUCACGCCGAGACAAAACCAUGGCCCGAUAACCAUUCAGUCAGACGAGCAAGUGUAAACUCAUUUGGUUACGGCGGUACUAAUGGCCACGUAAUUAUUGAGGGCAUCCAAUCCUUAUAUCCUUCCUACCAGCACGGAGUAGCGAAAACGGAAAGCCCUGUUGAUAAGUCAACAUCAAGACCCAUAUUAGUACCGUUCUCAGCCCACGAUAAAACAACCCUCUUGAGAAACAUAGAGGCACAUUCAAAAGUUGUUGAUGAUUUCUACAUUAUAGAUCUUGCACAUACUCUGAAUUCAAGAUCUAAGUUUAAUCAUAGAGCUUUCACAAUAACUUCGGAUUUGGAACAUGAUGACAAAUUUUCAUCAGGCUCCUUCAAAUUGGGAGCAGCUCCUUCAAUUGAACCCCAAUUCAUGUUUAUCUUUACCGGGCAAGGUGCACAAUGGCCUCGUAUGGCUUCUCAGGCAAUGAAAACUUUCCCGUCAUUUCUCGACACAAUUCGAUCACUAGACGACAUUUUGCAGAGACUAGAUCCUCCAGCAUGUUGGAAAAUAGAAGAUGUCUUGUUGGAUACAGCAGAAACUAGUCGUCUAAACGAUGCAGAAAUAUCGCAACCUGUAUGUACCGGUAUCCAAAUUGCUCUGGUGAAUCUUAUGGCCAAAUGGGGAAUCCUGCCAACCGUCACUGUAGGACACUCCUCUGGUGAAAUCGCGGCAGCAUAUGCAGCGGGUUUAAUUUCAGCUGGUGAUGCGAUAAUUUCAGCGUUCUAUCGAGGAUAUACUGUCAAGCGCAGUGCAGUAUGUGGUACUAUGCUGGCGGUCGGACUUGGAGCCGAGCAUGUCAAUAAAUAUAUCCAAGAUACUAGUGAUGUUGUCAUCGCUUGUAUUAAUUCAUCGAGAAGCACUACCCUCAGUGGUUCCGUUUCAGGUAUUCAAGAAGUGAAGAACCAACUCGAUGCCGAAAAAAUCUUUGCUAGAGAGCUUGACACUGGAAAGGCAUACCACUCACCAUAUAUGGAUGCUGUUGCCCCAGAAUAUGAGAAGCUAUAUAAUUUGGCUACUACAAGGCUGGAAAAUCAUACGUCUAAUAAGAGAUUACCUCGAGCAAGGAUGAUCUCAUCGGUGACAGGUCGAGAAAUCCUCGAAGACACACUCUCAAUUAAGUAUUGGUGUGAAAAUUUGAGGGGCAAAGUCAAGUUUGAACAGGCAGUAAGUGCGGUACUCGAGACUACCGGUCUAGAAAAAGUCACGUGUGCCAUUGAGGUUGGGCCGCAUGCAGCUCUCUCUGGACCCUUUAAGCAAAUACUACAAUAUCUGGGUAUCGAGCGCUUCAACUACAUUCCAACACUCGUUCGAAAGACCGAUGAUUCCAUUCAACUUUUGAAAUUGGCAGGAGAGCUGUUUUUACUUGGUGCAUCAAUCAAUAUAAACCUUGUUAAUUGUAUUGGGAAUGCAAAUGCGGCCAGCUCAACUCCUCAAUUCCUCGUUGAUUUACCUCCAUACCAAUGGAACUACAAGAAAACAUAUUGGGCUGAGCCAAGCAUGAGUAGAGCGCAACGUUGCAAGAGUUUUCUUAGGCAUGAUUUGCUUGGAAGUCGGAUAGUAGGGUUAUCAGGACUGGUCUGGCAAAACAAGCUUCGUCUCAAAGAUAUUCCAUGGCUUUUUGAUCACAAUCUUGGCGGAUCUGUUGUAUUUCCAGCUGCAGGCUACUUGUCAAUGGCAGUUGAAGCGCUCAGGCAAGUCCUAGACUCCACAAUGCUAAACAUACGGUAUCAAGGGGUACGUUUUCGGGAUACAUCCUUCAAACUUGCGAUGGUGAUCCCAGACACAGACGAUGGACUGGAGGUACAACUACGUCUACAGCCAGUAACUAAAAGUAGCAAAGAAAUAGAAGCUAUCUGGUACGGUUUCGUGGUUGAAUCUUUCGCAGAGGGUAGAUGGCAAACUCAUUCGGAAGGCAUGAUUGCUGCCAAUCCUACACCCAGAGCAGACACCUCUUUCAAUGAGCCACCAACAUCUCACAACAAGAUGACACAGUCAACAUCAAGUAAAAGAUGGUAUUCCUCUUUCUCUAGAGUAGGAUUCAACUAUGGCCCAAGUUUCCAGGGACUGCAUAAUAUUAUUGCUGCGAAAGGUAUCAAGGAAGCUACCGCCGACGUCGAUUUGACCACUAAGAGUGGGUUAAUGACAGGAGAGUCGAGAUAUAUUUUACACCCCUCCUCUAUUGAUGCAUGUCUACAGCUCAUGAUUAUUUCUCUCAACGAAGGGCUUUAUAAAAGCAUGCAGUUUGGUUGCGUCCCUAUCAAGAUAGAAGAAAUCUCCCUGUGGUUCCCCGAAACCGACAUUGAAUCGAGAGGGAAGGCUGUUGCGUGGUCUGAAACUUUCGGUCGUUAUGCCAACAAUAGUGCUCAGCUCAAAGGCAAGUCUGGCGAAAUCAUCCUCGACAUAAGAGAUCUCAGAACAGUUACUUACGAAGCUGCGGCACCACCACAAGCCGAGAUAGAAAAAGUCAGACCAAAACCAUACAUGGGAGUCGUCUGGAAACCUGAUAUUGCCCAUCUUGUGCCUGAAUAUCUUCGUCCCACUUCCAAAGAUACGCCCAUAACCACUACUGCCGGCACAGGCUUAGAAUUAAUUACCAAAAUCGUCGAUUUAGCAAACCACAAAAGUCCACUAGAACGUGUCCUAUUACUUGGCCAAUACACUGUGUUGUUUGUCAAGACUUUGCUCGAAAUUUUAUCUUCAACUGCAUCCUGUACAAUAUGCAGUAUUGAUCCGGAUCAAGACGGGGAGUUAAAAAGACUAUCCUCAAUCGAUAACAGAAUAACCUCUAUAUUUGUACCAAAUGUUACUCUUCUGGGAUCUACUCCAUCUAUUCCAACAUCACAAGAUCUAGUUGUGGUUAGCAAAGAACUAUCAGACGAAGCAGCGAACGAUGUAAUUUUGCUGGCAAGAUCGAUCAGAAAUGACAAAGGGUAUGCCAUUUUUCACACAAGUAUCCCCUUCGGCAUUUCCUUGGAAAAGGCGCUUUGCGUUCACGAUCACGAAUCCCGCAACCUUCGAUUCGGUCCAUUUGACAGUGCCGUGAUUCUUUCAUGUCCUGGAGACCAGAAAUUUCGCAUGAAUGGAGGAGUCAUGCACAAAAACAAAGCUACUGUACUUUCACUCAAAGGACAAUCAACUUUAAUGAUGAAAACAACAGAGAAAUUUCUUGAGCACCAAUGGCACGUCGAAUGCAAAGAACUUGGCAACUUUGAUGUUAUCGGAGAUAGCAAUCUAAUUGUUGAUGACAUCGACGGCAAUUUCCUCUCGUCAUUGGACAAAAGUUCAUUUGAAUCCUUGAAGAAAUUAUUGUGCUCAGGCAUUCCAAUUUUAUGGUUGACAGCCGGAGUCAAUGAAGGGAAACUUAUCGGGGGCUCGUUGGCUGUAGGUUUAAUUCGGGCAAUUCUGGCAGAGCGAGCCAGCACGAAAAUCACGAUUCUAGAUGUUGACCUCGGAGAACACCCUACUAGCAUCAUGAACGCUAUCGUCUCGACAAUACCUAAGAAAGAAAGCGGAUCUGCAGAUGAAGAGACGGAAUUCUGGCUCCAAAAUGGAAGCAUCCAUAUCAGCCGCUUAGUUCCACAUUAUCGUCUGAACAAUAUUUUGGCUAAAUCCUUCGAAACUACAAGAACGUUGUUGACUACCGGGAGAACACUCCAAGGCUCAGUGGUGGAUGGAAAACUGUUCUUCAAUGAAGAGAACCUAUCGGAACAGGAUGAGCUAGCAGAUAAUGAAGUCGAAAUGCAAGUAUUUGCUUCAGAAGUAAAUUCAGCUGAUGUUCAAUUCCAGAGUCAAAGGGCACGACUAAUUGCAGGGAAAAUCGUCGCUACCGGAAAGGGCCUCAACAACUCGCUUUUAGGCCAAAAUAUCGUGACCUAUACCCACAAAGCGUUCUCAACUUUAGUGCGCGUAAGUUACCUUGAUACUCAACCUGUCAACAUGUGCGCGGAUGACAUCGUAGCUAUCUUGCCUAGUUUGUGCCAUGUUUGGAAUGCCGUCGUCAACUCAGCCCAAGCAAAGAAAGACCAUCAUAUAUUGUUACUCCCGGCACCAGCUAGCUUUGUCAAGGCUUUUACCAGUAUCAGUAAAGCUAUCGGCUACACUUACACUCUAAUUGUUGGAAGCGUAGAAGAUGAAAAAAAAUGUCUCGAAUUAGGAAUUUCGGAAGCUGAAUUGAUCAGAAGUUCAACAACGGAUGUACCUUUGGCCCUCAAGAGGCUGAUUAGCAAGAAGCGGUUAGCCUCUAUCAUAUCGCAUGAAUUCUCUUCACUAAGUCAGGAAAUAUGGCGCCACGUUCCACCGGGAACGAUAUUUGUCCUUUCUAACGGCACCAUUUUGGAACCGCCUGACGCUUUACCAUUUACCAGAGGUGCGACAUUCCUGUCUACAAGUAUUGACAUGCUGUACAAGCAGGAUAAAACUUCGAUUGGAUCUAUCCUGACUGGAGCCAUUGACCAUUUGAAGAACCACAGUGAUAUUCUCCAUCAGCGAACCAAGAAAUAUAGCAUUCAGGAACUCUCAAAUGCAGGAAUGGCUUCCACGAACUUAACAAGCAUUGAAGAGGCUACCAUCACGUACGGAUACGGGGAAGAUUUCAUCGAGGUACAAAACUCAACUAAACUCAGAUUCAACUCGAGUGCAAGCUACAUCUUGGUUGGGUGCCUUGGCGGGCUUGGCCGUAGUCUAACGAUUUGGAUGAUGAGAAGAGGCGCCAGGCACUUCGCUUUUGUUUCUCGUUCUGGGCUUGACAAGUUGGAGGCAGCGCAACUAGUCAAAUCUUUGAGGAAAGAAGGCGCUUCGGUUAACGUCUAUCGAGCAGACGCUGCAAAUGAAAAGGACCUUUCGAGUGUAAUUGCCCAGGAGAGCUCUGAACGUCCUAUCCGUGGGGUUGUGCAUGCAGCUAUGGUUUUGAAUGACUCGCUUUUUGAGAAAAUGAGCUACGAUCAAUUUAAAGGUACCAUAGAUCCCAAGGUAAAGGUGGCAGAAAAUCUCCAUAGAGGUCUCAUUGGCCACUGUCUCGACUUUUUUCUCAUGCUGAGUUCGAUAUCCGCUACACUUGGAAAUCCUGGGCAGAGCAACUAUAGCGCUGGGAAUUGCUACUUGGACUCUCUUGCGUGGGGCCGAAAUGUGCAAGGUCUUCCCGCUGUAUCAGUCGUGCUUCCAGCGAUUCUUGAUGUGGGUUAUGUUAGUGAACACCAAGAGAUUGAAGUAUUACUAAGUCGAAGAGGAAUUUUCGGAAUCAAUGAAGACGAAAUGAUCUGCGGAUUUGAAACAGCGAUAAAGGACCAGCCAUCGGCAGGCAACGCAAUUCUUCAAGAUUCACAAAUUGUAUUGGGCCUUGACCCUUCGACUGUUGCAAGUGCAUUAUCUUCGAUCCAUACAACUGAUGUUUUUUGGUUUGAAAACCCAAGGUUUCGACAUCUUCGUGCCGAAAUUCGUGAAGUUGCGGGGUCAGGAGGCAAUAGCGGGACAAAGUCCUCAUCCGGCAAUACGAUUGAGCAAAUACAAGCCGCCAUUACUGCAGGACCUGAGCAUGUUAUCAACAUCAUAUCAGCCCAGGUCGCGAAGAAGUUAUCAAAUAUACUCGCCAUCUCUAUCGAAGAUAUGCCUUUGGAAGGGACGUCUGUGGCGUCGUUUGGCUUGGAUAGUAUGAUUGGAGCCGAGUUUAGAAAUUGGCUUUUCAAAGAAUUCGGUUAUGAAGUCCCGUUUCCUAUUUUGCUUGCUCCAGAUCUUAGCAUUAAAGAUUUAUCGGUUAACGUUGGGAUAAAGCUGGGACUGCUCAGGAGUGAGAUUGACAUGUGA